AUGCGAACUGGCCUUGAUUUCUUGACGAAAAGGUUGGCCAUUUUUAUUCACUUGCAAGCUCGAUAUUCCCACACGGUCAUAUUAUGCACCAGAAUUGCGUUUUUCUUAAAAGCAUAUUUCCGCGAAAUUCCGUUUGAUUCCGUUUUUCACCGACACAUCCUCACAAAUUCGCUUCGUGUAUUUCCUGUCUUUACGUGUCGCACUUUCCCCGUCGUCGUACUUUCCCUGUCUCACUUUCCGUGUCAUACUUGUCCUUUCCCAGUCGUGUCGUACUUUCCCUGUCGUAAUUUCCCUGUCGUAUAUUCCGUCGUAUUUCAGUGUACUUUCUCAGUCGUACUUUCCGUGUCGUACAUUUUCCCAGUCGUACUUUCCCUGUCGUAUAUUCCGUGUAUUUCAUACUUUUCUCAUUCUGUGUCGUACUUUCCCAGUCGUACUUUCCCUGUCGCACUUUCCCUGUCGUACUUUCCCUGUCGUAAUUUCCGUGUCGUACUUUCCCUGUCGUACUUUCCCCGUCGUACUUUCCCUGUCGUAUUUCAGUGUCGCACUUUCUCUGUCGUACUUUCCCUGUCGCACUUUCCGUGUCGUACAUUCUGUGUCACUUUUCCGUGUCGUACUUUCCUAUCUGUCACUUUCUCUGUCGUACUUUCCCUGUCGUCCGUUUCCCAUUCUGUGUCGUACUUUCCCUGUCGUACUUUCCUGUCGUGUCGUCGUACUUUCCCUGUCGUACUUUCCCUUCGCACUUUCCGUGUCGUACUUUGUCUGUCGCACUUUCCGCGUCGUACUUUCCUUGUAGUUCUUUCCGUGUCGUACUUUCCCUGUCGCACUUUCCGUGUCGGACAUUCCCUGUGUCGUACUUUCCGUGUCCCAGUCGUACUUUCCGUGUCCCACUUUCCCUGUGUCACUUUCCCUGUCGUAUAUUCCGUGUCACACUUUCCCUGUCGUAUAUUCCGUGUCACACUUUCCGUGUCACACUUUCCCUGUCCACUUUCCUGUCGUAUAUUCCGUGUUCCCCUGUCGUACUUUCCUGUCGAUUUAGUCUUUCCUUUCUGUCGAUUUGAACAGUGGACACCGGUUCAUAUCUAUAUCUAUCUAUCUAUCUAUCUAUCUAUCUAUUUAUCUAUCUAUCUAUCUAUCUAUCUAUCUAUCUCAGUCUGUUCGUAUCUAUCUAUCUAUCUAUCUAUCUAUCUAUUUAUCUAUCUCAGUCUGUUCAUAUCUAUCUAUCUAUCUAUCUAUCUAUCUAUCUAUCUAUCUAUCUCAUACUCUUUCAUCUAUCUAUCUAUCUAUCUAUCUAUCUAUCUAUCUAUCUAUCUGUCUGUCUGUCUCUGUUCAUAUCUAUCUGUCACAAUCUGUUCAUAUCUAUCCAUCUCAAUAUGUUCUUAA